AUGCUCAAGUCUCGGCUCCGCAUGUUCCUGAACGAGCUGAAGCUGCUGGUGCUGACGGGCGGGGGGCGGCCCCGGGCCGAGCCGCAGCCCCGGGGGGGCGGGGGAGGCGGCUGCGGCUGGGCACCCUUCGCCGGCUGCUCGGCCCGGGACGGCGACGGAGACGAGGAGGAGUACUACGGGUCAGAGCCGAGAGCCCGGGGCCUGGCCGGCGACAAGGAGCCGCGGGCCGGACCCCCGCCGCCGCCCGCGCCGCCGCCGCCGCCCCCGGGCGCUCUGGACGCCCUGUCGCUCAGCAGCAGCCUGGACAGCGGGCUCCGAACCCCUCAGUGCCGAAUCUGCUUCCAAGGCCCUGAGCAGGGGGAGCUCCUGAGCCCCUGCCGUUGCGAUGGCUCAGUGCGCUGCACUCACCAGCCCUGCCUCAUCCGCUGGAUCAGCGAGAGGGGCUCCUGGAGCUGUGAGCUCUGCUACUUCAAGUACCAGGUCCUGGCAAUCAGCACCAAGAACCCCUUGCAGUGGCAGGCCAUCUCCCUGACGGUCAUCGAGAAGGUCCAGAUUGCAGCCAUAGUUCUGGGCUCACUCUUCCUCGUCGCCAGCAUCUCCUGGCUCAUCUGGUCCUCACUUAGCCCUUCAGCCAAGUGGCAACGGCAAGAUCUGCUCUUUCAGAUCUGCUAUGGCAUGUACGGCUUCAUGGAUGUCGUCUGCAUAGGCCUCAUCGUCCAUGAAGGCUCCUCUGUCUACCGUAUCUUCAAGCGCUGGCAGGCAGUAAACCAGCAGUGGAAGGUCCUGAAUUAUGACAAGACCAAGGACAUAGGAGGAGAUGCAGGGGGAGGGACGGCAGGGAAGCCGGGCCCCAGGACCUCACGGACGGGCCCCCCUACUGGGGCCACCAGCCGGCCCCCGGCGGCCCAGCGCAUGCGGACGCUCUUGCCUCAGCGCUGUGGCUACACAAUCCUGCAUCUCCUUGGACAGCUGCGGCCACCAGAUGCCCGUUCCAGUUCCAAUUCUGGCCGUGAGGUGGUCAUGAGGGUCACCACGGUCUGAACUCCAGGAGUGGGGAUGUUGAGUCAAUGCAUCGGCCAGAGAUAAGCUGUCAUGGCUGCUGGAGGUACCACCUGGACAAGGUGUUUGGGGCACACUGCCUCCACCAGUGAAGAUCUCUGUGGACAGCUUCAAGUUGGAGACAUUGUCUGGCCUCUACUGCCCACUGGGUAGAGACACCUGGAUACAUUCCAGCCCCCACUGACAGCCCCUCACACUCAUCCUGGGGCAACCAGUGGGUAGGUGGGGAGAGCAUCAUUUCUUCCCUAGAGAACCGUCCUUACCUCAGCUCCUAGGGCCUCCAGCCCCCCAGCUCCACUAUGGUGACUUGGUGAAGGGGGACCAAUGCCAGAAGAAAGGGGCUGUAGACCCCCCCAUUCCCUACCCCAUGGCCACAGGGCAGCUGGCAAUAAGACUAGUAUACAUUGACCUCCCGUUCCCUGCAUGAGGGCGGGGGUACUUCCCUGUGCUCCACCUCCCCCCCCCAUUGCAUGGGGGGAAGGGCAUAAAGAAUCAUUUAUAUGCACAUGGAGACUCCUUUCUCAUCCGGGGGUUUUCUGGAGGGUUGGGAGGCGUGGGGAAGUUUCUCUGCAGAGGUUGCAAAUCCCAAAUGGAGGAGUGGUUUCUGAGUUGGAGGUGUAACUCCCACUUGGUGGUGAAUAAUUCACAUUGGCUGCUAGGUGGCAGUGCUCAGAAGCAUUUCAGGGGUGGACCUGAUAACCUGGGUGUUGUGUGAUAUAGAAAAAACAAUCUCCCCACCGUGGUUUUCCUGUCUACCUCAUAGGGCUGGAUUGAGGAUAAAUGAGGGAC